GAGGAAGCGAUCUCCUUCACACACACACACACACACACACACGCCCUCUCUCUCUGCUUCGUCUAAUCACGUUUUAAUGACUCUCACAUUUUACUCCUCCGCCGCAACGGCAACCGUUGCCGUUGCUGCGGCAACCGUAACUUCCUCGCCUAGGGUUCCGUUUCACCCUCCGGCUCUUCGCGGCAACGUUUCCUUCAGAUUAACCGCCAAGAAGCUGCCUCUUCGUUCACAUGGCGGCGGCGCAUCGUCGCUGAGUGUGAGAGCGAUGUCUGAGCUCGUUCAGGAUAAGGAAUCUGUAGUCGCGGCUAGCACUUCCUUCAGCGAGAGUAGUAAUGAGCUCAACCAUUCCCGUACCUUCUUGGAUGCGCGAACUGAACAAGAUCUUAUCUCUGGUAUAAGGAAGGAACAAGAAGCUGGAAGGUUGCCUCCCAAUGUUGCCUCUGGGAUGGAAGAAUUAUAUUGGAACUACAAAAAUGCUGUUUUAAGUAGCGGAGCUCCUGGUGCAGAUAAGACUGUUAUAACAAACAUGUCUGUUGCUUUUGAUCGCAUGCUUCUUGGUGUCGAGGAUCCUUAUACUUUCAAUCCGUAUCAUAAAGCAGUGAGAGAGCCGUUUGACUACUACCAGUUUGUCCAUAUGUACAUCAGUCCCCUCAUUGAUUUCAAAAAUUCUUACGUUGGGAAUGUUUCUAUUUUCUCCGAUCUGGAAGACAAGCUUCGACAGGGACACAAUAUCGUGUUAAUAUCAAAUCAUCAAAGUGAAGCUGAUCCAGCUGUCAUUUCCUUGUUACUUGAAGCACAAUGUCCAUACAUAGGAGAGAACAUUAAAUGUGUGGCUGGUGAUCGAGUCAUCACUGAUCCUCUUUGUAAGCCGUUUAGUAUGGGAAGGAAUCUCAUAUGUGUCUACUCAAAAAAGCACAUGAACGAUGAUCCUGAGCUUGUUGAUAUGAAACGAAAAGCAAACACACGAAGCUUAAAGGAGAUGGCUACAUUGCUAAGGUCUGGCUCCCAACUAAUAUGGAUUGCACCAAGCGGUGGAAGGGACCGCCCGGAUCCUUCUACAGGGGAAUGGUUUCCUGCACCCUUUGAUUCUUCUUCGGUGGACAACAUGAGAAGACUGGUUGAACAUUCUGGUGCUCCUGGACAUAUCUAUCCAAUGUCUUUGCUUUGCGCUGACAUCAUGCCGCCUCCUCCCAAAGUUGAGAAAGAAAUUGGAGAGAAAAGAUUAGUUGGGUUCCACGGUACCGGACUAUCAAUUGCACCUGAAAUCAGCUUCUCAGAUGUAACGGCAGACUGCAGCAACCCGAAUGAGGCGAAAGAAGCAUACAGCCAAGCUCUAUACAAGUCGGUGGAUGAACAAUACAAGACUCUAAACACUGCAAUCAAUCACCAAAGAGGAAUAGAAGCAUCAACUUCAACAGUCUCUUUGUCACAACCCUGGAAUUAAUCUCUCAAGUUGUUAGGAUAUAAUCACACGUUGCCGUAGGGGAGUUACUUCACUAUCUUCAGAAAAUAUAUUACAAAGCCUCUCUCCCUGAUGAAACAAAGAAAUAGGUACUAUCUUGGUUUCUAACGUGGGAACAAAAGUUGGGUUUGUGUACAUAUGAAGAGUGAGAGACGACAUACACUCUUUCUAGGCUCCUUUUAGAUCAUCACAGUACUCUCUUCAUUUGUAAUAUUCCUUUUUUCUGCUCUCUACUAUAUUGAGCCAGAUGAAUAAUUCAAUUUUUCUUUUUUUGCUUCCUACUCUAAGCGUUAUGAUUUUAUUCCAAUUUAAAAUCUGUACAGAUAUCUGGUCUUUUGAAGUGAUCUGUAAACUGCCAGUUAUGCUUCAGUUUUUUUUUGUCAACA